GAAAAAAACAGACAGGGAGACAGAGGGGUGGAGUACAGGAAGCUGCUGUCCCUAAAACCUAUCUGAACAUGGGCGAAAUCUAAACACUACAAAAUUCACGGUUUCUAUUUUUCAAUCAUUUUUGGAACCAGAGGCUGCGGAUAUUUCCCAUAUUUUUUCUGGAUCGGGGUUGGAGAUAACUAAAGCGAGAAGAUGUCUCGGGGAGUGAUGCAGCCCAGCCAGCAGAAACUGGCAGAAAAACUCACCAUCCUCAACGACAGAGGCAUCGGGAUGUUGACUCGUGUUUACAAUAUCAAAAAGCAAGGACAAGUUUGGAAGGCAUGUGGCGACCCAAAGGCCAAGCCCUCCUUUCUUGUCGACAAGAACCUGGAGUCGGCUGUUAAAUUUAUCGUUAGGAAGUUUCCUGCCGUGGAAACGCGCAAUAACAACCAACAGCUGGCUCAGCUGCAGAAGGAGAAGUCUGAGAUCCUCAAGAACUUGGCUCUCUACUAUUUUACCUUUGUGGAUGUCAUGGAGUUCAAGGACCAUGUGUGUGAGCUGCUGAACACAAUUGAUGCCUGCCAAGUCUUCUUUGACAUUACUGUGAACUUUGAUCUGACCAAGAACUACCUGGAACUGGUGGUGACAUACACUACUCUGAUGAUAAUCCUCUCCCGCAUAGAGGAGAGAAAGGCCAUCAUAGGACUGUACAACUACGCCCACGAGAUGACCCACGGAGCCAGUGACAGAGAAUACCCCAGGCUGGGUCAGAUGAUCGUUGACUACGAGAACCCUUUGAAGAAGAUGAUGGAGGAGUUUGUUCCACAUGGAAAGUCGCUGUCGGAUGCGUUGAUCAGCCUUCAGAUGGUCUAUCCAAGGAGGAAUCUGUCUGCCGACCAGUGGAGGAACGCCCAGCUGCUCUCUCUAAUCUCUGCUCCCUCCACAAUGCUCAACCCUGCUCAAUCAGACACUAUGCCUUGUGAAUAUCUGUCAUUGGAUGCCAUGGAAAAGUGGAUUGUGUUCGGCUUUAUCCUGUGCCAUGCCACGCUGAACAGCGACGCGGCCGCCCUGUCUCUAUGGAAACUGGCCCUGCAGAGCUCCACCUGCCUCUGUCUGUUUAGGGACGAAGUCUUCCACAUCCACAAGGCUGCAGAAGACCUGUUUGUCAACAUCAGAGGGUAUAACAAACGCAUCAACGACAUCAGAGAGUGCAAGGAACAGGCGCUGUCUCAUGCAGGCUCCAUGCACAGAGAGAGGCGCAAGUUUCUCCGAUCGGCUCUGAAGGAGCUGGCGACUGUUUUAGCCGACCAGCCUGGACUUCUAGGCCCAAAGGCGUUAUUCGUGUUCAUGGCACUGUCGUUCGCCCGAGAUGAAAUCAUCUGGCUUCUACGACACGCAGACAACAUCCAGAAGAAAAGCACCGAUGAUUUCAUAGACAAACAUAUUGCAGAGCUAAUCUUCUACAUGGAGGAGCUCAGAGCUCACGUCAGGAAGUACGGCCCUGUGAUGCAGCGAUACUACGUCCAGUACCUGUCUGGGUUCGACGCUGUGGUUCUCAAUGAGAUGGUGCAGAACCUGUCUGUUUGUCCAGAGGAUGAAUCUAUAAUCAUGUCUUCAUUUGUUAACACCAUGACCUCUCUGAGCGUCAAACAAGUGGAAGAUGGAGACGUGUUUGACUUCAGGGGGAUGAGACUGGACUGGUUCAGACUGCAGGCGUACACCAGUGUUUCUAAAGCUAGCCUCGGUAUAGCCGACCACAAGGAGCUUGGCAAGAUGAUGAACACCAUCAUCUUCCACACCAAGAUGGUCGACUCUCUGGUGGAGAUGUUGGUGGAGACGUCAGACUUAUCCAUCUUCUGUUUCUACAGCCGCGCAUUUGAAAAAAUGUUCCAGCAGUGCUUGGAGCUUCCCUCCCAAAGCCGCCACUCCAUCUGCUUUCCUCUGCUCUGCGCACACUUCAUGUCCUGCACACAUGAGCUCUGUCCUGAAGAGCGUCACCACAUUGGGGACCGAAGCCUGUCGUUGUGCAACAUGUUCCUGGAUGAGAUGGCCAAGCAGGCCAGAAACCUGAUCACCGACAUCUGCACAGAGCAGUGUACGCUCAGUGACCAGCUGCUGCCCAAACACUGCGCUAAAACCAUCAGCCAGGCUGUGAACAAGAAGAGCAAGAAGGCAACAGGAAAGAAGGGGGAGCCGGAGAGGGAAAAACCCGGAGUGGAGAGUAUGAGGAAGAACCGGCUAAUGGUCACCAAUCUGGAUAAACUCCAUACAGCUCUAUCAGAGCUCUGCUUCUCCAUCAACUACGUCCCCAACCUGGUGGUGUGGGAGCACACGUUCACACCCAGGGAGUACCUCACCUCGCACCUGGAGAUCCGAUUCACAAAGUCUAUAGUUGGGAUGACCAUGUACAACCAGGCCACUCAGGAGAUCGCCAAGCCCAGCGAGCUGCUGACCAGCGUCCGGGCUUACAUGACGGUGCUGCAGUCCAUAGAGAAUUACGUCACCAUCGACAUCACCCGAGUUUUCAACAAUGUCCUCCUGCAGCAAACACAGCACCUGGACAGCCAUGGGGAGCCCACCAUCACCAGCUUAUACACAAACUGGUACUUGGAAACUUUGCUCCGUCAGGUCAGUAACGGACACAUCGCCUACUUCCCCGCCAUGAAGGCCUUCGUCAACCUGCCUACCGAGAACGAACUGACGUUCAAUGCCGAGGAAUACUCUGACAUCUCUGAGAUGCGUUCCCUCUCGGAGUUGUUGGGGCCGUACGGGAUGAAGUUUCUCAGCGAGAGUCUGAUGUGGCACAUCUCAUCACAGGUUGCCGAGCUAAAGAAACUGGUGGUGGAGAACAUGGAGGUGUUGACACAGAUGAGGACGAGCUUCGACAAACCGGACCACAUGGCUGCGCUCUUCAAGAAACUCACUUCUGUGGACAGCGUUCUGAAGAGGAUGACCAUCAUUGGCGUUAUUUUAUCCUUCCGCUCUCUUGCACAGGAAGCUUUGAGAGAUGUGUUGUCUUGCCACAUUCCUUUCCUGGUCAGUUCGGUGGAGGAUUUCAAGGACCACAUCCCCCGAGAGACCGACAUGAAGGUGGCCAUGAAUGUCUACGAACUGUCCUCGGCUGCUGGUUUACCCUGCGAGAUUGACCCAGCCCUGGUGGUGGCGCUGUCCUCCCAGAAGAGUGAGAACAUCAGUCCAGAGGAGGAGUAUAAAAUCGCCUGUCUGCUGAUGGUGUUUGUGGCCGUUUCCUUGCCGACCCUUGCUAGCAAUGUGAUGUCACAAUACAGCCCUGCCAUCGAAGGCCACUGCAACAACAUCCACUGUUUGGCCAAAGCCAUCAAUCAGAUCGCUGCGGCUCUCUUCACCAUCCACAAAGGAAGCAUAGAGGACCGUUUGAAGGAGUUCCUGGCUCUGGCCUCGUCCAGCCUCCUGAAGAUCGGCCAGGAGACGGACAAGAUGACCACACGAAACAGAGAGUCUGUCUACCUGCUGCUGGACAUGAUUGUGCAGGAGUCUCCCUUCCUGACCAUGGACCUGCUGGAGUCCUGCUUCCCUUACGUCCUGCUGAGGAACGCCUACCACGCCGUCUACAAACAGAGCAUCAGCGCCAGCGCAUAGACGCGCAGCAAGCGUGUGGCCGAGGCGCCGACAUGUACAUACCAACACAAACACUACCGCGACACGCCGGCCCAACCAGGCCUCGGCUGAAUCCUCUAAAAACCAACACUAUAUCUGCAAAAACGUUAACACACUAAAGAAGCCGCUAAUUACUUUAACCAAAACACACACACACACACACACACACCUACAGCUGGAUGACCUGAGGGGGGAUCAGUGUCUUUAUUUCUAUCAUUGUUUUCCAUGAUGUUGCUGGGGACCAUGACCACUGCAACACCUAAUAUACAAUGUUUUAUUGAACAAAAAUAUAAAGAUAUAGUAUAUAUAUAAAGCUGACACUGAAAUAUUCCUUUUUCUUUCUCCUUUAUUUUUUAAUUUUAAUAGACGUUUUGAGAUUUCUAUUGUCGAGCUGAAACUUCUCUGAUGAUUUGGAUGCUUACUUUUUGGGAAUGCAUUGGUUCUGAUGUGCGGUGGAGGUUCUUUUGGUUGUCGAGGACGACGGGUCGACGCCGAGAAACACGUUACUCAUAGGUUUCCACACACUGACAGACAUCUUGAACUGAUACUUACCUAACAAUCUUUCAUCACAUAAAAACCGUACAUUUGUAUAACAUGGUGAUGCAUUUUUGGAUUUUUUUUUGUUUGUUUUGUUUUGUUUUUUUCUAGGUAGUGGUAACACAAACCUUUUUGUGGGUAAAGAUAUGCUAUCUGUAUUCUACUUCGAUGUGAACUGAACCUGUCUGUUUUUAAUGUUUCUGUUUUAUUUUUAUGAUGAUGACAAUGAUGACCAUUUGCCAAAUGUGUUAACACUAAAAAAAAAAAAAAAAAAAAAUCUUGUGUAUCAGGGCUUGGAAGUGGUGAAGUGUUUUAUUAAUGGUGUGUGAUGCCUCUUUUUUUUUUUUCUUUUUUUUUUAAGUGCGACUGUGCGGCAGCUUUGUUAGCAGGAACAAAAACUUUGAGGGAACAAAUGACAGGAACGGCUGCAGACAUUCCCCUCAGCUGUUCCCUCUUCGGAGGGCCUUAUCGGAGCAGACUUGGUGUUUUCCUCGCCCCGUUUUUACACUCGUGAAGUUGAAAGCUGAGCAUCCACACUCCGAGGUUUUAUUAAUCCGUUGUGCUUAACUUUAUUAACAGGAAAUAAAUUCAACCAGUUCCUCUGAUGAAAAAGCAACUCAAACGCUAAUCCACCUCUGACCUGUGAAACUACAAAAACCUGGAGCUGCAAUAAGACUAAAUAAAUAUAUAUAUGUAAACACUCCU